AUGAAAUUCAAUUAUUUAUUUUUUAUAUUUAUUUUUAUAAUAUUUUUAACAAAUUUUAUAAGUCCGAUAAAGGGCCAAAAUAAAACAUCAAUAAAUAAACAAACAAAUGAAUUAAAGAAUUUUAAAAAUGAAUCAAAUUUAAUUUUCUCAUCAAAUUAUUUUAAAGUUGAAAAUGAUAAUCAACCUAUUAAAUCAAAUGCUCAAAUAACAAAAAAUUCAAAAAAAGAUUUUGAAAAUGUUUCAAAAAAGAAUGAAAAAUCUAGAUUCUGUUUAUCGAUAAAGGAUGAAGCCCCUUCUGAACAAGUUUCUAAACUUUAUGUAAGUGUUUUUUUAUACAUUUAUUUUUUAAAUAAUUAUAUUAUUAUUUAUAUUAAUUUUUUUUUUUUUUUUUUUUUUUUGAAAAAAAAUUCCCACCAUUUUUUAUUUUAA